UAUGUUGACAGUUUCGUUGCAACAAACGAUCCAGCUGAUAGGAAAAAUUUCAUACGAUCCCUGGGGAAGGAGCAACGUGAACUUGCUGAAAGAGUGAUGAUACAGCGGCUUCACCUUUGGCAAAUGAAAUGUAAUCACUCUGAGAUAUAUCAAGAAAUACAUGAUGAAAACUUGGAGUUGAUGAGGGAAAGGCUCAUGGAAACUGUAAUAUGGCCUUCGGAUGACUCAAACACAUGAAAAAUCGAUGAAGUUAGCAUGCUUGAUUAUGGUUUUCUUUUUUCUCUUUCAGUCUUUUAA